AUGGGAGGGGACCUGAACGCCUCCCUGUGGCUCCGCCCCUGCGUGAACGCCUCCUCCUAUCAUCCAAUCAGAGCGUCCUCCUGGCCCUACAGCACCGUCCAGCUGGUCCUCAUCGCCGUGGCGACAGCCUCCCUGAGCGUCGUCACGGUGACGGGCAACGCGCUGGUCAUCCUGUCGGUGAAGGUGAACCCUCGCCUGCGCAGCGUCAACAACUACUUCCUGUUGAGCCUGGCGGUGGCCGACCUGCUGGUGGGGCUGCUGUCCGUCAGCCUGUUCUCUCUCUACGUGCUGAUCGGCCGCUGGCCGCUGGGCCCCGCCUCCUGCGACCUCUUCCUGGUCCUGGACCACGGGGUGGGCGGCUCCUCGGUGCUCCACCUGCUGCUCAUCAGCCUGGACCGCUUCCUGUGCGUGUGGCUGCCGCUCAGCUACCCGCGGCGCCGCAGUGCUAACGCAGCGAGGCUCAUGAUUGGCUGUGCCUGGCUCCUCCCCUUCCUGCUCUGGACCCCCUCCAUCCUGAGCUGGCAGAGCAGCGGGGGGGAACGUCUGGUCCCGGACGGAGAGUGCUUCCUGCAGCUGAUCUCCAGCCCCACCGCCACGCUCGCCACCACGCUGCCCUCCUUCUUCCUGCCUGCCCUCACCAUGGUGGCUCUCUACAGCCGUCUCUCGGUGGCGAGUCGUGGCAGAUUGAGCGUUCGCCCGGCGACCUCCAGCCCCUCGAUCAAGGAUUUCCUGUUGAAGCGGCGCCGCAGCGUGGUGAGCAGAGAGCCCGCCUCCGACGUGUCUCUGAACCAAUCAGAAAGCAGCACGCCCAAGUAUGGGAGUAGCAGGAAGACGUCCAGGAGUCCUGCGGCGGACACUCGUAUCAAAGACUCCAACAAGAUUGAGACAGACUCUUCGUCCAACGCAGACGCCAACAAGACGACGUUCUCCACCUUCAGCAGCUUCAG